AUGUCCCUGCCAGACAUCAAGAUGAAUGCGCAACCAAACCCACGAGGACAGAGCCCUGAAUCUCCCAUUUUGGAAGAUACCUCGGUAGACCGAAUCACCAGCUUCCAUGGCAAGCUGAACCGAUUCCUCCUUGGCGGCAAUGCAGCCGGCGCAACGACAGAGCUGAGCACAAGUCCAUCAAACACUGGCGCGGACGCUGUCGAGUCACAAGUCAAAAGAGAAGUCUCGCCAAGUAACAUGGAAGGAUUGCAAGUGAACAAGAAACGAAGCCGCACCGCGACUGCCGAUCCCAUUAGACUCAAAAUCGAGAGAUCCAGCAGCGCGGCAUCGGCAUCAUCUUCGAACGCCAUUAUCAACCGGACGAGUCGCGUGACUCGCUCACGCUCAUCAUCCUCUGCAAUUAACCCCAAAUCAUCAUCCUCGUCCAGAGCUUCCCCGAAAAAGACUGCCCGGCCCCGAAAGGCCCUUCCCACGUACACGCCAACAGCCGCAGACUCCCUUCUUCAAGAUACCAUCCCGCCGAACCUGACUCUCCUCCUCGUAGGUGUGAACCCGGGCAUUCUCACCGGGACCACCGGAUUUGCCUAUGCACACCCAUCAAAUCUAUACUGGAAACUCCUCCACUCCUCCGGUAUCACCUCGAUCCGCCACCCGCCCUCCGACACAUACAAACUACCCGCCUUGUACAACGUCGGCAACACCAACAUCGUUGAACGACCAUCGCGCGACGCCAGCAUGCUCACCAAGGCUGAGAUGGACGCCGGAAUCCCCGUCCUCGAAGCCAAGGUGGCUGCUCAGCGACCCGAGGCGGUCUGUCUCGUCGGCAAGGGCAUCUGGGAAGCUGUAUGGCGCGUGCGUCGCGGACGGGCAAUUCGAAAAGAAGAGUUUCGGUACGGCUGGCAGGAUCCGGCGGAGAAUAUGGGCUGCACUGCGGACGGUGACUGGGAGGGAGCUCCUGUCUUUGUUGCCACAACCACGAGUGGACUUGCCGCGGGGAUGAGUAUCCCGGAGAAGGAGGCUAUCUGGGCGGAGUUGGGGGCUUGGGUGGUCAAGCGGCGGGCUGAGACGGGGUUUGUGCCUAUCACGCCGAAAAUCGAGUGA